GAACCAGGAAACGACAGCCGAGAGUCGUCGUUCCCUUCUCGGUCGGAGCGGGACGAAUCCACACAGAUCCACGGAGAAAACCGUGUUUCCGUGUAAAUACCGUGUUUGUUUCACAUUUCCUCUGCUGCCGUGGUGACGUGAAAACAACGAAAGAGAGGAAAAAACACGCAGCGUUUUCACCUGGGACCAGCCGGGCUCUGACCAGACCAGCUCUGACCUCCUCAAGUGUAGACGCAAGUUCUGCUGGUCCAGAGAAGCCCAGUACUUGUAUCUCCGCCGCCUCUCGUCACGCAGCUACUCCGCUAUCAAGACGAAUCCAGUCAUGGAGGAAACAGUGUGGGAGCAGUACACAGUGACCCUGCACAGGGAUUCAAAGAUGGGCUUCGGCAUCGCAGUGUCAGGAGGGCGGGACAACCCCAACGACGACACUGGCGAGACGUCCAUCGUGGUGUCCGACGUCCUGCAGGGAGGACCGGCCGACGGCCUCUUAUUUGAGAAAGACCGAGUGGUGCAGGUGAACGCCAUCCCCAUGGACGGAGCCAUCCACUCGUUUGCCGUGCAGACGCUGAGGAAAUGUGGCAAAGUGGCCAAAAUUACGGUGAAGAGACCCAGGAAAGUUCCGGUCAAUGUCGUAAAUCGUCCGCCGUCUCCCGACGACCGCGUCUUCAACAACGACUACAACGACGACUACGGCUACGACCAGGACCGCCGCAGCGCGUACAGCGGGGGGCGGGACCACAGCCCGGAGCGAGGUGGCGGAGGCUACAUGGACUCCGGAUACCCACCCCACGAGCGCGACUACGACAGGGACUACGACCGCCGGGAGCGUGGCAGGAUCCCGGAGAGGGAGCCCAGCCCGGACCGGCAGUACCGGAGGGACGGCAGCAGAGGGCGCACUCUGGACCGUAGCCCCGACCGCCGCUACAAGAGCGACCACAUGCUCGACCGUGACCACAGUCCGGAUAGGAGGCACCGGGACCACAGCCCGGACCGCCGCUACCGCAGCGAGAGAGCCCUGGACAGGGAGCACAGCCCAGACAGACGCUUCCGCAGCGAGCGCACCCUGGACCACGCCAACAGCCCCGACCAGCGCUACAGGCGCGACAGCUACAGCCCGGGGCGAGGCCGCGGGCGCGAGCCCAGCUUCGAGCGAGGCCGAGAACGCGUUCCCAGUGAGCCGAGGAAGUACGAGGAGCCGGUCCGGCGCAGCGGGAGCAGGGACCGCCUGGACCGCUCGCCGUCGCCUCCCGCCAUGCCCAUCCCUCUGCCCCGACCCGCGCGGGACCUGGAGCCGCUGGAGAGACCGGUGAACGUGGUGCUGCUGAAGAACCGACCCAACGAAGAGUACGGUCUUCGUCUGGGCAGUCAGCUCUUCAUCAAGGAGAUGACCAGCACUGGACUCGCCUACAGAGAUGGGAACCUGCAGGAAGGAGACAUCAUACUCAAGAUUAACGGCACGGUGACGGAGAACCUGUCCCUGAGCGACGCCGGGAAGCUGAUCGAGAAGUCGCGCGGGAGGCUGCAGCUGGUGGUGCAGAGGGACAAGCAGCAGGUGCUGAUCCGUGUGCCGCCCAUGGUCGACAGCGACUCCGAGCUCGACGAUAUCUCAGAGAUCGAGUCGUACCGCUCCUACUCACCGCAGGACGACAGGCGAGGUCACCACUCUGACCUCUCGUCACACUCGUCCAACGAGAAGCUCAGGGAAAAAUCCAGGGAUGAUCCACCCAGCCGGCUGGCAAAGAUGGGCGCCAUGCCGACGCCGUUCAGAGCGCCCGACAGAGCCGUCGAAGACCCGCCCCCUGUGCCGGCAGAGAGGGAGGAGCCACCACCACAGACGCCACCAGCAGCUGUCGUCACCGCAGCCUCUAAGUUCUACGCUCCUUCUAAGGUGCCGGUGAAGCCGAGCGUAGAAGACCAGGACGUUUACGGACCGAACACAAUCAUGGUGCAUUUCCAGAAAGGCGACAGCGUAGGUCUGAGGCUGGCCGGAGGAAACGAUGUCGGCAUCUUCAUCGCCGGCGUUCAGGAGGACAGCGCCGCGGAGCAGGAGGGUCUGCACACAGGAGAUCAGAUCAUGAAGGUGAACGGCACAGAUUUCAGAGGCAUGGUGCGCGAGGACGCCGUCCUCUACCUCCUGGAGAUCCCCAAGGGAGAGGAUGUAACCAUUCUGGUUCAGAGUAAACCUGAAGUGUACGAGGACAUCCUCGAGUCAGGCAGAGGCGACUCCUUCUACAUCAGGACCCACUUUGAGUACGACAAGGAGGCGCCGCAGAGUCUUCCCUUCUCCAGAGGAGAGAUCUUCAAAGUGACGGACACGCUGUACGACGGCAAACUGGGAAACUGGCUCGCGAUCCGCACGGGCAAAGACAACCAGCUGUUAGAGAAAGGAAUCAUCCCCAACAAGAGCAGAGCCGAGCAAAUGUCCAACGUCCAGAACGCUGCUCGGGCGGCGUCGGGCAACGACAGAGGAGACUUCUGGAGGCUGAGGGGUCAAAGGGCAGCGAAGAAGAAGGACCUGCGCAAGAGCCGUGAGGACCUGAGCGCCGCCCCGGUGGCCACACGCUUUCCUGCAUACGAGAGAGUGGUGUUGCGUGAAGCUGGAUUCAAGAGGCCCGUGGUGAUAUUUGGACCCAUUUCUGACGCCGUCAAUGAAAAACUGGCCAACGACAUGCCGCACAAGUUCGUCAUCGCCAAAACGGAGCCUAAAGAUGCCGGAACUGACAAAUCCUCUGGAGUCGUGAGACUCAACACCAUUCGACAAAUCAUCGAACAGGACCUCCACGCUCUCCUGGACGUGACGCCCAAAGCCGUGGACACGCUGAACUACACGCAGUGGUAUCCCAUCGUUGUUUUUCUCAACCCGGACUCCAAGCAGGGAGUCAAGACCAUGAGGAACCGCAUCUUACCCGGGUCCAACCGCAGCGCGCGCAAACUGUAUGAGCAGGCGGUCCGACUGAGGAAGACCUGCUCACACCUCUUCACCGCGACCAUCGACCUGAACUCGGCCAACGAUGCGUGGUACGGCAGCGUGAAAGACACCAUUCAGGAGCAGCAGGACCGAGCGGUGUGGGUGUGUGAGGGCAAGCUGGACGGCACGGAGGAGGACCUGGAUCUCCACGAUGACCGCAUGUCCUACCUGUCCGCGCUGAGCGCCGACUACCUGAGCAUGGACAGCCGCCUCGCCAGCGACUACGAGGACACCGCUGACGAGGGCGGGGCUUACACCGACAACGAGCUGGACGAGCCCAUGGACGAGCCGCAGCCCGUGUCGGCCAUCGGUCGCUCGUCUGAGCCGGUGCUGCCGGACGAGAAGUCUCACCCUGAACCUCGGGCUCGUAUGAGGAAAUCAGGGAGCAGAGAGGUGUUGACCAGAGAGCCCAGUCCUCCCCCUGCUUUUGUCCCUGAACCCCCAAAGGUUCGGACUCAGACUCGGACCGACUCAACGCGCAGCUACGACUCUCACACCGGCAGCGUCGUCAGCAGUGACCCUGCAGGUGGAAAUAGACCACUUCCACAUCCACUUCCACCCCCUGUGGCCCUGAAGCCCACCCUCACCCGCACAGCAAACCCCCCCACAGAGGAGCAGAGGAGUCCGGGUCAGGAGGAAGACCCGGCCAGCAAGUCCUUCCUGGGCAAGAUUAAAGCGUUUGAGAAAAUGGAUCAUUUGGCUCGAGCUCAGAGGAUCCUGGAGCUGCAGGAGGCGGAGAACGCAAGACUGGAAAUCGCACAGAAACAUCCAGACAUCUACGCCAUCCCAGUGAAGCUGCCAAAACCCAACAUCAACCGUCCACAGCCAAUCGGUUCAAGCUCCAGCGCCGAGCCCCAGGCUCCGCCCACCAGGCCGUUCUCAUACUCGGAGACGAGGGUGCACAACGACAACAAUGGCGACGAGGCGGAGUAUCGCCGACAGCACGCCGACCAGACCAAGAGAGGCUACUACAACCCUCAGAAAUACAAAGACACUGAGCUGUAGACGUCGUUGCCGUGGUAACGGCUCCAGCAGCUUUCUUUUGUUGUUUUUUUACCGUUUCUGUACAUUUUCCUUUUUUUCUGUUUGUCUCAGAUAUUUCAUUUCACUGCAGAUGUUUUUCUGUUUCUAGACACAAACACAGUGGUUUUAUACGUCUGUAAAGUUUGUUUUUUAACACAUUACACGAUACGCUGCAUCCCAGUCAUUCAACAGUGUAACUUAUAAACAUAAAUGAGUCCAAAACACAAUAAAAAUACAUAAGUAGAUGUCGAUUAAGAUUAUUGUUAAAUCCCUGAACUCAGAAAAUCACGUUAAAAAAUGAAAAAAAACUACAUUUUCUUGUGUUUUUAGAUCCUGCCAUCUUGUGGAUUAUGGAAGUGCGAGGUCAUUUUAAAAAUAAAUUAAUUUGUAAGGUUUUUAACAGAGUUUUCUAUGAAGUAAUCGUAACUAAUAAAACAAAAACCAUGUGAUUUAAAUGUGAAUGUGAAUCUAUGACGGUUUUCCACAUAAGAUUCGUCUGUUUCCUGCAUGUGAUGAUGAAACUCUUCACACGACUAAGAUUUUGAUCGCUGUACAAAUUUCCACCCAAAAUACGGUAAAAUAUUGCAGCCAAAAAUGAAAUGGAUGAAAAAGAAGAUUCAAAAACGUGUGUGAGACAAUUGACGCUUGAAGCCCCGCCCAUUGGCAGAAUCGCAAAAGGAAGGUGUAUUUUUUUUUAAACAAAUAAAACAAUACAUUUCGAGUGAUUAAAUCGAUAUUUUCUUUGCAAUUUUUGGAUAUUGUGGUUAAUUUUUGUUUGUUUUACUCAAAUCAUAAAGUGAAGUGUUUGAUUCCAUAGAAAAAGUGAGCAGAGGAUUUUAGUGUGGACGGUUGAAACGUUGGGAAACGAUGACGUUUUCAGGCGUGUGAGUCUGAUGCAGAGUUAAAGGCAGUUUCAGACGUGGAGGCUGCAGUUUGUGUUUUCAACACUUUCUACUGUAAAUGUGUUUUGUUGUUUUCAGCUCUUUACGUCACAGAGACAAUCACGAUGUUUUUAUACUGUUGAGUUUUUUCACACUGGAGAAGACGAAGGUUGAUCCACUUCUUUUUUUAAAUAUCUGUCCUUUUGUUGUGUUUUUUUUAAAGCUUGUAUUAGUGUGACUGCACUCAUGGGAACUUCAAUAAAUAAACUUUUUUUA